AUGCGGAAAUAUAAGGUGGUGAAAGACGUGAGCGGGAGCAGGAGCGGGUCUGGAGGGCCGACAGGAGGUGGUAGUGGAAGUAGUAGUGGUGAUUUAGUUCAUGCCAAGGUGGAAUCGCGUCGUGGAGACUCGCAAAUGCGUCGCGAACCGGGGAUUCCGGAGUUGGAUGAGAUGAAGAAAGAGAAUGAAAGAAGCGAGCAUGGGUCGCGAAACGGGAGCCAGAACGCCAAGGAGGGGUCUGCAGGCGAAUCUGGAGAUAAUUCGAUGCAUAGGGCGUGUGAUGCUUGUCGCAAGAGGAAGUUGAAGUGUUCCAAGACGCUACCGAAGUGUGACACAUGUUUGAAGAACAAGUGGGAGUGCACGUACUCGCCGCGUGUGGCUAGGUCGCCGCUUACGCGGGCGCACUUAACGGCUAUGGAGAAUCGUGUGGUUGAAUUGGAACAGUUUCUCCAGCAGUUGUUCCCUGGGUGGGAUAUCGAUAAGUUGUUGCAGCAGAAAGACGUGUACAGGGUCCGCGAGUUGCUUGUCGGGGGCAGUACUGGUGCUACGACAGCAGUGGGUCCUGGGACGUCCAUACCGUUUAAACAGGCACAACAGACCCCGGGGUUCCAACUUCAAGCGCCGCUUGCAACUACGGGAGCCACUCAGGGUCCACCACAAGGGACCCUUCGGCAGAACCAGCAGUUCACAUCGAUGGGCCAGCGUGGCACUGGAACUGGCACUGGCACUGGAAGUGGUGCGGCUAUCGCAACAUCAACAUCAUCUUCUGGUAUGUACCCCGUCAUGGGAAACUUCUCUGGCUCUAGCAUGCCCCCAGUAACAGCAACGUUCUUCCAGUGGUACGAGAGCGAAAACACCAUCGAUAAUAGCUACUUCAGCAAGGACUCCAUCAGACACUGGUUGAACCAGCUUCUCACUUCGGAAAACAUCAUGCACAUACCGGCAAAAAGAAUUAAUGAUACUUUGCAACAAGCAAACGUGAACAAUCAAAGAUCACCUGUAAUAAUAAAUAAUGACAUUAGCCAUCACACAUCGGACGUCCGCGCAGCAGCAGCAGCCGGAGCAGCCGGAGCAGGGGCUUCACAAUCAAGAGCAAAUAUACCACUAAUAACUGGGUCAACCGGAACUGGCCCUGCUGUGAGCUCGAAUUCAGGGACAGGACCAUCAUCGGAUAGCACUACGGCAUCGAAUACCUCCGGCAAGAAUGCCAUGUCCGCUAUGGACAUACCGGACCCAACAUUCUUGACCAAAAGAGAGACUACGUCUAGCUACAUUGACGCUUUCUUCAAACAUUACCAUCCGUUCUAUCCAUUCAUUGACGAAGACAGGUUCUUUGCUCAGUAUAACGAUCAAAUCCAACCACCCAAUAUGGAAAUAUGGCAAAUAUUGCUUAAUACUGUCUUGACUUUAGGCGCAUGGUGCCUCAACUCAAACGGCACACACGACACUUUCUACUUUGAGAAUGCAUUAUCGUACCUAUCUGCUACAGUGUUCCAAACAGGUACCAUUGACCUAACCUGCGCACUUCUUUUGUUGACGCAUUACGUCUACAAGAUCCAGAAGCCAAACACGGCGUGGACCUUGUUGGGGCUUUGCUCCCACAUGGCAACUUCUUUGGGACUACAUCGUGAGCUCCCAAACUUGUCCCUACAAGCACAGCAAAUCCGUAGAACAAUAUGGUGGACCAUUUAUUGCACCGAGUGCGAUCUCACAGUUGAAACUGGUAGACCCUCACAACUACCAAAUCUACAAUCCAUUGACGCUAUCUUGCCAGUUUCUUCAGCAGGGCUGAACGAACCAAGCAUAUACUCCUCGAUUAUCCAAGAAUCGCAAUGGUCAAAAAUAGUCCAGCAGAUGCUGACUGAAAACGCAUAUCAACACAGCGCGGCGGACUGUCUUGUAUGGUUUGAUAGCAUCCAAGAAUUUGUCAACAUGAGACCAAUUCCAAGCACAGAAGCCGAAUUGAAGGCCCUUAACGAAACCCAAUUGGCUUGGCUCCCAUUGGCCAAAUUUAGACCUUACUGGAUCUUCCAUUGCUCUUUGAUUGCGUUGUUCACAAGGUUCUUCCAAGCAGAGCCUUCCAACGACUCAAACGUCGCAAGGUGCAAGGAACUCUGUCUUCAGCUAUCAAGCAGGAACAUUCUCAGUUUGUUGACAUUUGUAAGGACCUACAGGCUCAACUCACUUUCGUGCUGGUACGCUACACACUACUUAAUAAGAAGCUCUCUCGUGCCGCUAUAUUUCACAGCACAGGUUUCUCCACAACAUCCGUUCUGGGACUCCGUCAAGACACAAAUGAUAGCAGCACACGAGGCCAUGGAAGCACUUUCCCAACAGUCUCCACUGGCAUUGCAAUUUGACAAGAUUCUCAACAAAAACUGUUCAGAACUACUACAAAGAGAGGGCAUCAACAACAAAAACCAGGUCCUUCCACCAACACCAUCUCUACAAUCAACAAGUUUCUCCGAUUUGCUGUCUCUCUGGUCAACAAACACCGAUGACGCCCCAAAGAACGGUGCGCCAUCUCAGCAAUCAACAACAAUUACAGACUCUCUACUGCAAUCUUCUACUACUCAAAUGAGACCAAACCCAUCAGGAUGGCAGGAAAUUAAUACUUUCUUGAAUCCAUCAACCCAACACCUAUUCAACACUACUACAAUGGACGAUGUUUACAACUAUAUCUUUGAUAACGAGGAAUGA